UGCAGAGAGGUGUGUGCGGCUCAGGGAGGGGCUAGUCCUUUUUGAACUCGGCUAGUCUGGCAGGAUGAGGCGGUCCCUGUCGGGGCGGCGGGCCCUACGUGCGAAGGGCUGGCGAGGCUGGGAGCGGGCGCUCCUAGUUUGAUCCGUAGGAAUUCCCGCAGGGAGACAGUCGGGUUGUGGCGGCGUUGUAUGUAGCGAGGAUCCGGCUUAGGCGACGGCUGGAUGGGAAGCGGCCACGACGAGGGUGGCUGCAGUGGCGGCGGGCAUGGGGGAGCAGCUCAGCACAGCUAGCGCCCCGCCGGAGCCGGCCGCCACCAGCUCCCCCGAGCCGCCUCUCUCGGCCGCGCGAAUUCAGCCGCCGCCCGUGGUAAGCGGAAGGACACCCACACCACAAUCAGAGGACGACCCGGGACCACAGCCGCCGCCGCCGCCUACUAUUGAACCGCAGGGCCGGGAGGCGGAGGAGGACGGCAGUGCCGGGGCUCCCCCGGAGGAGGAUUCAGGCUCGGAAGAGGGAAGCAGCAACAGCCGCCGGCUUCCUCUGAGGCCCGUCUAUUGCACCGUCUACUGCGUUGAGAGCGACCGACGGCCCGGCGGCCCGCCUGCUUCUCCCGGUUCAGGAGGCGGCCGAGGAGCAGACCCUCGUCCCGCUGUCUCGCCGCCGCCCUCUCUUCAAAGAGGAAAAAGUGGAGGUGGCGACGGGAAUAUCGAGGUAGACUUGUACCUUCUGCCUGAGCCUUUAUCGGGGCUGAUCUCCGGGGACUUUGGGCCCUUGCUGGUACUGACUUGCCGCGUGUGUUUGGAGGAGAAACCCCUCAAGCCCUUGCCCUGCUGCAAGAAGCCCGUCUGCGAGGAGUGCCUCAAGCUCUAUCUCAGCACCCAAGUGCAGGUGGGGCAAGCAGACAUCCAGUGUCCAAUAACAGAGUGCAGCGAACAUCUGGAUGAAACAACUGUUCUUUACAACUUGCCACAUGAUGACAUCAUCAAAUAUAAGUACUUCCUGGAACUUGGCCGUGUUAGCUCGAGCACCAAGCCAUGCCCUCAAUGCAAGCACUUUACAACCUUCAGAAAGAGAGGCCACUUUCCAACUCCUACCAAAAUGGAGAACAAGUACAAAAUCCAGUGCCCAACCUGCCAAUUUGUGUGGUGUUUCAAGUGCCACUCUCCCUGGCAUGAAGGUGUCAACUGCAAAGAGUAUAAAAAGGGAGACAAACUGUUACGUCAUUGGGCCAAUGAAAUUGAACAUGGACAAAGAAAUGCUCAGAAGUGUCCAAAGUGCAAGUCAGGAGAGGCCGUGCAUAAACUGAACUUAUGCCUGGAUGCAGUGGUGGAACGGAUGAGGGUCAAUAGACUGAAGCUGAAUCCUGCUAAGACAGAGACACUGUGGAUCCAUAUCCAGAGAACAGAAGGAUGUGACCACAUGACUUGCUCACAGUGUAACACUAAUUUCUGUUACCGCUGCGGAGAGAGAUACCGCCAACUCCGUUUCUUUGGAGAUCAUACAUCGAACCUCAGUAUAUUUGGAUGCAAAUACCGCUACCUCCCUGAUAGACCCCAUUUAAGGAGAUUAGUGAGAGGCACUGUCUGUGGUGGAAAGUUGCUUAUUGCACCACUGAUACUGGUUUUGGGACUGGUAAUAGGUGCCAUAGCUGUUAUCAUAGGUUUAUUUGUGUUUCCUAUCUAUUGCCUUUGUAAAAAGAAGAGGAAAAGGCCACGAACAGAAAUGCCCUGGUACGAGUGAACCGUAAUAUAUCUGAAUGGAGACAGUUCUGCAAGACUUGUGCAAAAUAUGUGCAGCACAGCAAUAUUGUACUAGUUAACUAUCCUGGCAGAGAAUUAAAGGGCAAUUGUCACAUUAUUUCUGCACAGUACACUACUAAAGAGAGGCCAUAUUACUUCCCUGCUCUGCUACUUCAGACAAAAUGAAGGCGUCUCAACUUUUUUAGAAUAUUUGUUUGUUGUUGUUUUAAACAAAAAUCUCUCCACUGCCCUCAAGAGUUUAGAUCAAUUUUACUUUCUUGGACAGCUUGCAUCUGCACUGUAGCUGCACAUCCACUGAUUGGCCUAUGAAAGAAGCAUAUAAUUUGAUAACUUCUCCCCCACCUCCAAAUUAACGGCAUAAUUCGAGGGGGGCCUUUCAGAUGCAGUUUGAGCAAAGAGGGCUUGUUUCUGUUUCAGAGGUUGGCAUCAUACAUAAAACUGGUUAAACAGUGUUCUGCCUAACAUAAUUGGCAUACUGUCAGGUGUUGAAUUCAGCAGCUCCUUAUUUUGUGUAUGCAACUUUGCCCAUGACUACUGAAUCCUGUGUGUGCUAGCAGCUACUAUAGCAAAUUUCCAGAACCUUAAAGGAAAUGUGGUGGAAAUUAUUAGAACAGUAUCUAUUGCAGUUAAAAUGAUUGAGAGGUUAUCUUGGAUCUUUGGGAGAGCAUAAUGUCAUCAUCAGUGUUUUUGCCAUGUGCAAGCUGUAUAGCAAGAUUAAAAAUGUUAACUCCAUUAACUUCUAUAAAAAUACAUUGAAGUAAGUUGGAGGUAAAACUUGUGGUUGUUUCUGGAGUCUUAGAGGCAUUGUGGCACUGCAGCACAUGUACACACUACAGUCCAGUAGCAUGAUCAUACUUGGAUAUGCUGUAGCAACUAGGGAUGCUGUCAAAACCAAGGCAAAUGGGGGGGGAAAAAGUAUCUCUUAGAGCAUAUCUCAGUGUUUACCAUGUCUAGCUGGGGAAACAGCAGUUAGUGCAGAAAUGCACUUUUUUUUCUAAACGCAUCAGUAAAUGCCUGAAGUGAGUAGGCAUUUCUAGAAUUUUCCUAAGAUGAUCCAGGAAUGUCCAUGAUUCAGGAUGGUUUCAUAACACAAAGCCGCUUGAGACACGGAAUCAGCUUGUAGUGUUCUUCUCAGGGUUGGGAGCAGGCCUGGACCUCAGGAGCGGUGCAUUCCCAUCAUGUGAAUUAUAUGUAUUGUGUGUUCUGAUUUCCACGAUUCUUUCCUGAAGGAUUAGAAAGAUGAUAGAUAUUAAGCAAAUCGCACAUAAGCGUGUGUGUGUCUUCACACAUUGCAUAUAUUGUGUGUUCCUAAGGUCUGCACUCUCUGCCUGCAAAGAUUAAGGACAAUAUUAAAUUUCUGAAUUGGCCUAUAUAUACAUAUUUAUUGAAUGUUAGCAACUGGAUUAAAAUGUCACUAGUGAAAUGCUGUACUUUUAAAACAGCGAUUAAAUCCAGUAAAUAGUGAUAUGUUUUUUAAGUGCAGGAUCAGUUACCUUAUUUAUAUUUUGUUCUUUGAUUAUUUUUAUUUGAUACAUUUUGUUGGAAUUAACAUGAGAGACAAGAAAUUACAUUAUUUUAAAGUUAAGAAUAAGGAGAAUCAAGGAGGAUCUUUGAAACAAUUCUGUUGUUCUGUUAUUCUAACAAAAGAGAAAAUCAGAGAAAGGAAAACCAUGUGAAGAAAUUAUCUGAACAGUGGGUUGUAUCCUAAGCUGCCCUUCCAGGCUCAGAAGAAGUCCUUCAGGAAGGAAGCCUUUGACCCAGUGAAGGCUCCCAUUAAUGGAAGGCAAGUGAUUUUGCUUAUUUACCUUCCCAUCCCUGCAGUCCUCCUUACCAUCUCCUAUGGUGUUCUGGAAGGUUCCACAGCUUCCAGAACAGAUUUUCAGGACUUUGCAGGGGAAGGUGGAACAACUGAAAAGAGUGUCUACCCCCUUUCAUUACUGGGCAUCAAAAGCACCCUUUUCAUGAGUACAGAUCUACUCACGGAUCAAACCCAGUGUGGAGAAGCAAAGUUGUAAUCUGUUGAGAUUUUUCAAGGUUCCGUUACUGAACAGAAUAGUGAAAUAUUUGAAAGUGUUAUGUUCUGUGUUACUAAGUCUGUUGUAAGGGUAAUAGACUCUAUAAAUUACACAAAAAGGCAACAUAUAGUUAUUUGGUAUACAGUAUACUUUAAAAUCUUACAGCACUUCAUUACUGAAAUAGAUUAUUGAUCAAUAUAGAAUGAACCCAAUGAAUAUGUGUUAAUUGUUGGACCUCAAAGCCUCAGCUGAAAUUGGUAGAUGUUGCUUAUCUAGCAAUAUGUCUGCCUUAUAAUUCGAUUUCUUUUGCUAGCAUCAGUCAGCUUACAAUUAAAUAAUAUCCAAAUUACCAUCUUUUCAUCUACUAAAAGUAAAGUUAUUUACUUUAGUGGAUUAUGAAAGUCAGUUUACCAAAGAAACUCAUGGGAAUUCAAACAUUAUUUCAAAGAUAAGGAUUUUUUUUUUGGUUAAAAUUAAUAUACGCUGUUUUGUUUUUAGCUUCCGUAAUAUGUUUCUUCUUUAUUGUGUUGUCUCUCAAAGUUGACUGCUGCCUUAAGCAAUCCUUUUUUUAAAGAUUGUAUGUUUACCUAGCCCCAAAUAAUUAUUUUUUCUCAGGCCAAACUGGUGUAUUGUCUUUGGUUUACUCAGGGAUUUUAGUCCUUCAUUGAAAUGUCAAAUACUCUUGUGAAAAAAUUAGUCAGAAAACAUUCAUGAGAUUUGGUGUUUGUAGUACAGGAUGCAUUAAAGCAAUUGUGAGGCCUCUGCUUGAUUUUAAAAUAAUUGUACUUGAACCUUUUUCCAUAUUUAAUUUUUGUUCUUCUAUGCAUAUGAAUUACAAUUUGUCAUUCUUAGACCUGAUGCAAGAAUGUUCAUGUACAGCAACAUGUGUGCAGAUAUUCCUACUAUGACACUUCUCACAAGAGACAGAAAGCACUGUCAAUUCUUGAAAAGGACAGUCCCUUAUUAGAGAAGGACUCCUUCCUUCCUUCCUUCCUCUCUCUCUCUCUCUCUCUCUCUUCCUUCCUUCCUUCCUUCCUUCCUUUCUCCCCCCCCAACAACAACCCUGCAACAGGAAAUUUGAGCCAUCAUGGCCAACUAUAAUUUCAGUGGUGUGUGGAGGAUAUAGGAAUGCCACAUGAUAUUUCUGGGUUGAGGCAGAUUUUCUUGUCUAGACAACAUUUGCUUGUGCACAUGGGACCACAUUCUGAAGCAAUCUUGCUCAUAGAAGCUUACUAUAAAUGGAUGGAAGCCAAAUGGGUGUUCCUCCGCUGAUGGAAAGCAUCCUUCAGCAAAAUGGGGAUGGAGCCAAUUCCUGGUGUUUCCUCCUCCCUGCCCCUUUUGCCUCCCAGAAUUUGCUCCUUCAACCCUCUGGAGCAGAUUUGAGGGGAGGGGCUUCAGGGGAAACAAUGACAGCAGGAAAUUGCCUUUCCUGUUCUGUUGACAGCCUUCUAUCAGCAUGGUGACACCCAUUGGAUUCCAGCCAGUGGAUCAGUUUUGCUGGAUAAAGGCACGUUUCACUUUUUUUCUAUGGCUCAUUUAAGACAAUUUUGACUGUUACCUCAAGUUUGGAAAUUGCUUAUAUUACUAACAUAAGUGAAAGUAAAAGGCAUGAAUAAUUAGAUGAGCAUAUAUGUUCUAUAGGAUGAUUUAAAGUUAUAGAAGCAACUGUUUCCCAUCAAGACACAAAAAUAUGUUUCACUAACACAAAGGCACACCAUUGUAAGACUUGUAUUAAAUGGAUAACAGUAAAAAUCAAUGGUUAUGCAGAUUUGCUUAAUUGAGUGUAAUCUCAAGUCAUAGAUUUCGUGUUCAGUUUCCUUUGCCUUGCAAAAAAUGGAGCAUUGACAGUAAUUACACAAGAAAACAAGAGGUACAUUAGAAUCCUUUAUAAGCCAUUUUCUUGAAUAAUGGUCCAAAAAGCUUAUUCUUUAAUUCAUGUUAACAAUACACCAGCAAACACAUUCAGUUAGCAACCAUUUGAAUGAUUACUGAUUAACUAUAUAGUAAAACUUGGAUAAAGUAUGUAUUUUUCUCAACAGUUUAUUCACUGUCACAAACCAUUCUCUGUUUUGUCUUAUGCAACUUGUCUCAUGUUCUGUGAUGUUUAUCUGUUGGUUUUAAUCUGGAGUAGCUUCAUUUUAGUUGUAAUGAAAUCUGUCCCUACGCCUUUGACCAUACCUUGCUCACAGUAAGGAAAAAUCACCUCUCUCUCGCAUGCACGCACGCAUGCACGCACGCACGCGUACGUCAAAGUGAAACAGAGUUAAAAUUAUUUUUGGGACAGAACUCCCAUUGUCUUUUAUUAGUUUAACACUGUGUACAAGACUGAAUUAUUUGUUCUACACUAGAGCAUUUAUAAAAUAUUUUAUUAUCCUGAUUGUUACACACUGCAAAUGCCAGUUCCAGGAAGGUCAGAUAGUGCACAUAUAUAUUUUUCAAUGUAUUCAAACAUUGCCAAAUAAAGAUAGUUGUAUUUGCAAUGCAAGUAGGUGAUUAUAAGUUUCAAUAGAUUAUCACUUUGGUCUUGAUGUAUAAACUACUGAUAUACAGUCUAGAUUUAAUUUCAGUAAAUAGGAAGCUGUUCUCUGAUCGUAAGAAACUAGUGCAACAUUUUUGGAAACGGCUACAGCAAAAAUGCUUUCAUGUUGAUUCUCAUUAUUUAAGAUUUUGUAGUGCAAUUUUUCUAAACCCAUUCAGGGAGUUGUGUUUUUUUUAAUGCAUUGUUUGCUUAAUAAUGGAUGGUUGUAAGAAUGCUGUUUCACAUUGUGGUAAGAUCUUUGUCAAGACAUGCCAUGAAUUAUAAGAAACAUAAAUAUAAUGACUCUCCCAGGGGGGAAAAGAAAAUCCAUCUUAGUUGAGCCAAUAUUUCCCAAACUUUUUUUUUAUGAGAUUGUUUGGGAAAGAUGCCCCAAAAUUGUUACAGUGAUUCUAUGAAAAUGUGUGAGGUGAUCUUUUAUUUUAAAUAAUAUACUUAUAUACCAGCCAUUUUUUCUUGCACCCCAGACAUCCCAGUCUAUCAUGGAUGGUUUCAUGCCUGAAAUAAGGCUUCUAUGUAUGUCUGGAUGUGGCCCUAAAUUGUCAAAAAGAUGCUGCAUAUGUGCACACAUAGCAUGGCAGAUAGUUAUUCAGUACUGGUCAGAUGUGUGUCUGUGUAUUUAACUCUGGGCACCCUUUCUGAGCAAUAGGUGAUCAACUCUGCCAAACCUGUCAUUGCUAACCAAUAUUUCUGCAGUGGAGAUCCUUAUAUGCAUCCUUUUUUGUGUGGCAGUGGGAUCAUUGGGUCAGGGAUAUAGAGUUUCAUAAAGUGUAGGAUGCAUAAUAUGUGCUGAAAAUCUUAAAUGCUUGCUUGCAAUUGCCAUUAUAUCCAGCAGUUUCAAGGAUAAAGAGGUGAACUUGUAUGCAGUUCUGUGUGCCAUCCUUAAUAAAAUGUUUUAACGUAUUGCCAAUUUUAUGUGGUGAUCAUGAUCUCAAUUUUCAGUUUCUGUAUAGUUGCUAAAGAAAUUGUACUUGAAGCCCUUGACUAUGUGAAAGGAAAGCUUUUCUUUCUUUAAAAUAUAUCGGGGCAUAAUAAAACUUCAUUUGGAACUACUGUAAUUUUCAGUUGUACAGGGGAUUUAUCUGAUUACAUAACAUAAGGACAAUAGAAAUUAUUUUUGAUAGACUGAUCUUUCAGUCUAGUAGACUGACUUAUGCAAAAUGAAAAUCAGAUGGUGUAAUUGCUGUGGUAAAAGCCAAAAUAAAAAAAGCCUGCUUUGUUUCAGAAUCAAUGCUUUUAUUGUUAUUUUCUUGUGCCAUCUUCUGUGACAGCUUGUAUUACAGAAUUAAUUCCCAUGACUUGGAUCCAAAGUGCUCCAUGCACAGUAGAAAACAGUGGAGGCUGAGUUCAGGUGAGCUUUUGCCUGCUUGCUACAGUUCCCUGCACCACAUUAUAAGUUGUUCCAAACUCAGGAGUAGCUUAUUUUCAGGUGUACAAGGGGCUGUCGUGGGAAGGGAGCAGGAAAACCCUGAUAUAUCUGCAGUUCUUUACAUCAUCCAAUAUUUUGUGUGUGUAUGAUGUAAACUAUUGUCUUAAAUAAAAGCAAAAGCUUGAUUUAGAUUUGCAGAAAUUCCAGCCACAUAUUCUGAAUUCUGUUGGAGUGACUAUAAAGUUAUGAACAGAGAAGAAUCCUCAUGCAUUUUUCUGCAUGAAAAUAGAAACACUGUUUGCAAGAAUGUUGAACAGGGACAGUUUUCAAUAGAGAUGUGAGCCAUAUAGUAAAUAAAGAGAAGUUACUUAUAUGUGAGUCCAGAGAUUAUGCCAAUAGCUAUUAGUUGAAAAAACUCCACAAAAAGCCAAAGAAUUGGGUACCCUCCUUAGAGGCUUUGUUACAAUCAAGUGGAUAUAAUUUUUGUUAAAUAAACAAAAUUUCAGUGUUUGCUUCCUACUUCCAAUUAAAUGGUUGCAGCAUAACUCCCCCCUCCCCAAUACUUUGGUGCCUUGCAGAUUAUCUCAGUUGAAUAUCUACAUAGACCUUAGUUUUUAUCAGGUUGACUUCUCAGCCCAUUCUAGUAAAGGACCAAAACUAAAUAUGUGUAACACUAGUGAUUUUUGAAUCUUCUGGAGUGGUGCUGUAUUCCAAGACUACUUUAGAAUAAAUGGUUUGAUGGUCCCAGUUUUGCACCUUCAAACAGGAAGCAGUUGUUUUAGUGAAAAUUCCAUUUGGAUACAAAUGUGAAGAGUAAAAUAAGGUAUGAAAUCAUGUGACUAAUAAAAAGUCCCUAUCUCUUCCAGAGCUUCAUUUUCCAGAUAAAUAUGAGAUUAAAAUUUAAAAUAUAGCUUACUGAAAAAUACAUUCUAGGAUUAGAGUUAAGCAAUCAGUUGAAUGGAUUUAAAACUGCUUCAUACCAUAGUGCUUAAGUCUUGUUAUUACAUAGGAUUUGAAUGAAUAUAGAAUUGUAUCCUUUUGUGAAAAAUACUUUUUACUACAGAAACAAAUUUGCCCAGUUUCUCUUUAAAACUUUGUCAAAAGUAUUGUAUGAUUGAUCUUUAAUUCUUGUAGCAUUGUGACAUAUCAUAACAUCAAAGCUAACAUAACAUCAUAACAUAAGUCAUUCCCAUUACCUAAAUAAUUUACAGAUUUUUUUAAAUCUCUGUAUGGGACUUCAAGAAAAACAAAUCUAUCUGCUACAUAGUAUGUGUUACAUAAAUAUAUGAAUACAAAAUGUCCUCUAAGCUGUUUCUUUGUGGCAAUUGUUCAUAAAAUCAAGGGUGGCAAUUCUAGCAUUACAAAAAGGCAAACUCCCUUGUGGCAAUAUUGUGUCCAUGAACCAUUGUACUAGCUGCCUUUCUUCUUCUAGGCCAGUGGUUCCCAACCUGGGGGCUGGGACCCCCAGGGAGGCCGCAAAGUAAUCCAGAGGGGCUGUGAGCAGUAAAGAAAUGAAUUAUUUAUUAAUUUUUUUAAAAAAGUCUUCACUCCCUCUACACUGGCUGCUUUCCAUUGCUGCUGCAGAUGACACCUCCCCCUUGCUCCAGACAAGAGGGGAGGCCUUUUCUGAAGCUCCAGAGCAUCUUUCAGGCACACCUAUAAAAUACAUGGCAGAUGCCAAAGGAGGCUGAGGGUGGAGCUACCAGGAAGAGGGGAUUACUAUCACUGAUUCCCAUCUCCGCUACUGGCAACGCCAUUGCUUAGAAUGAGAGGAGAGGGCUUCUUGUGAAGCAAAAAGAAGCAAGCCUGCAAAGAAAGGCUGCUUUCCCCCUUCCUUCCUGGCAGCCAGUCUGCCUCCCUGGGGGGAGGGGGUCACAAUUUUUUUCCAGCUUAUAAAGGGGGUCCCGUGCUCAUAAAGGUUGGGAACCACUGUUCUAGGCCUUUGUGUUGCAGAGGUGACUAUGAAAAGAACGGGAGGAUAGUAAUUAUUUACAACUGAAGUUCUGUAGAUGUACCAAACAGGAAAAACAGUAUUUAUUAGAUUUCUGAGUUUUUUAAAAAAAUCAUUAGGUUCCUCUCAAUUUCCAUAAGGAAUGACUUUCUGGAUCAAACCAAAGGUCAGUCUAGUCUAGAAUUUGGUUUCUAACAUUUAACUAGAUACCUUUUUGCAAGCUCACAUACAGGGCAUGAACAUGAUGGCCAUUUCCUGUUUGUUGUCCCAGCAUAAGGUAUACUGCUUCUGUAAAUGGAAGCUCCAUUUAGCUAUUUAUGUUUGAUAUCCAUUGAUAAUAGCCAUUCGAUCUUGAUGAUAAUGUUUUAUUCAUAGCGUUUUAACACAAGCGUUUUGAAGUACUUAGGUAGCAGUAUGUUUCUUAUACCCCUGUUCUAUCUAUGUAGGAACUUGGCAAAAAAGAAAAAAGAACAGUAGCAUACUUGAGGCAAUAUUUUCCCAGUACCUUUCUAAACAUUUAUGCUGCUAACUUUAUUCUGUCCUCCAUGUUGGCUUUAAUUUGCAUCAAAAAAGAUUUGUAUCAUUUGCCUAUCCUUGUUAAGUGAGUGCCUUUUGUUUGAAGAUGGCCUAAACACUGUUUGUCUUUUGUUGUCUUGUAUAGGUAUAUAAUGUAUGAGUACUGAGUUAAACAUGUCCUGAACAAUGUAGAUUUAAUAUCAGCAUUAGAUAGAUAAUACAUGGGUUGUAUGUGCACAUGUAUUCAAAAUGUAGAACACAAGGGAAAGCAUUCUGUUGCCAAUGUAUGUCCUGCUGGACAGGGCCUUUUGAAAUUAAGUGAAAUUUUAAUUGUUUUCUUUGAAAAUUGGUUACUUUGCUGCUGAUAAAUUUAUGAUUGUUAUGUACCACAUUUUCACUCUGAAAGCCUCUUUAUGAUAAGCAGUUUCAGUAAUAAAAUGUUACCACAUGAAUACCAGUAGCUGCUGGUAAAAUUAAAAAUCCAGCAGCAUACAGUGCUUUAGAAUGCCUUCCUUUUACUGUUUAUCUUCUUGGUGGUUUAUGAUAAAGAUGAAGGAAAACGUGAUCAUACUGACACUAGAAAUUGUAUAAAAAUUUUAAAUAUGAAUUUGAUCCAAAAACUGUGUCUUGGGGGUAUUUAGUUUAUAGAAUUUGCAAACCUAUUUAUAGUGGGGGUUAUUUGCACAUUAAUGAGUUGUGGUAU